AUGGCUAGCAGCUCGCCGUUCCUGAACCCGAGCGCUCGCUCUCGGCCGGGAGACCUUGCCAUUGUCCUGCUCGCGCGCGACAGCUAUCAGCCGAUCACUCUCGAGCAGUCGACAGGUGUAGUGGACGGUUAUGUCGAGGGGAAAGUCUUGAACACGCGUUUUGGCUCAUUCCCGCACUCGACGUUUCUGGAUGUGCCUUGGGGUUCCCAGAUCCGAGCGUCGCAUGUCGACACAGGCUCGAGGGGACGCAAGCGCAAGCUGGAAGCGAGCGGCGAGGAUACCUCAAUACCAGGGGCAGAUGAUGAGACCAAAGACUCGGAGGCUGGAAAUCAACUCACGCGAAAGGCUGCGAGCGCACCGAGCGGCUUUGUACACAUUCUCAAACCAUCACCAGAGCUGUGGACGAGCGCCUUGCCACAUCGAACGCAAGUCGUCUACACGCCCGACUACAGCUACAUAUUAUCGAGGAUACGAGCGCGACCCGGCACGAGGAUUAUCGAGGCAGGUGCCGGCAGUGGCAGUUUCACCCACGCUUCGGUGCGAGCUGUGUACAAUGGACUACCACAGAAGCCGGAGGACAAGAAAGGAAAGGUUUUCAGCUUUGAGUUCAACGAGGACCGGUACCACAAGAUGCAGGACGAAAUUUUUGAGCACAAGCUAGCCGACAUGGUGCAUCUGACGCAUCGCGAUGUCUACGGAGAGGGUUUCUUGGUCGAGGGCAAGUCGCCUGAGGCCACUGCCAUCUUUCUAGAUCUUCCUGCGCCCUGGAAAGCUCUGAAGCAUAUCUCGAGACGGCGGCCGCAAAAAGACGGAGAGACGCCAAAGCCCGAUAACGGCGACUGGAUAUCGCCUUUGGAUCCUAAAAAGAGUGUGCAUAUUUGCACAUUCUCUCCCUGCAUCGAGCAGGUUAUGCGGACGGUGACGGAGCUACGAAGGCUGGGCUGGGUCGAUGUGGACAUGGUCGAAGUGGCACACAAGCGAAUCAACGUUCUCCGCGAAAAGGUUGGGCUGAACCUGCCGAACAAGAAAGGCUGCAACCUGACGCCGGCCAAUGUCAUGGAAUCCAUCGACAGGCUCAAGGUGAUCAACGAGAAGACAAAGGAUUUCAACAACGCUCAGAAAGAGAAGGACGGCGACGCCAUGGCAGUGGAUCCCAGUGACAGCGGCAAGGCGAACGGCAGGGAGGAAGAGGACGAAAAGCCGUGGGCGCAGGGCAGGGUCGUCCACCGCCCUGAGGGGGAGCUGAAGACACAUACAUCGUACCUGGUGUUUGCCGUCCUGCCUCGCGAGUGGAGCGAGGAGGACGAGGCCGCCGCCUCGGCCAAGUGGCCUUGCGGAAAGGAGACCAAGACGAUAGGCUCUGUCGACAAAGCUGCACGGAAGCAGGCCAAGCGGGAAUUGCACCAUAUGUACGAGAUGGAGAAGGGGCGGAAGCGGCAGAAACGAUCAGCGGGGGAGAAGCAGGCGAUUGGCGAAGUGACACAGACUUCGACGUAA